AUGGUUACCACCAAAGGAACUCCGAUCGGCGCCGCCGUCAGUGUCUCUGCUAAUAUCAGCUCAGAAGAACACGAAGCAACCACUGUAUUUCUCGAAAAAAUGGGAGUCAAUUACGAAAUCAAACCAGAACACGACGCGAAGGAUUCAUUCUCCAGCCUCGUCGGUGGAGUUCUUCAGGUGAUCUCCGUCGGGCGCGGCAAAAUCUCUUGCUCUCUAGUCGUCAAACCCUCCAUUAAGAACGCGUAUGGUGGCAUGCAUGGAGGUUCGGUGGCAGCUGUUGCCCAUCGCGUAGCAACUGCUUGUGCCAAAACAGUUGUUGGCAAAGACAAAGAUAUCUUCCUUUCCGAACUCAGCAUCUCUUACCUAUCUGCCGCUCCAGAAAAUGUCCAAGCAGUCGUGGAUGGGACUGUGAUAAAAAGCGGGAGGAACCUGACAGUUGUUGCUGUUAACUUCCGACUUAAGGAUUCCGGCCAGUUGUUGUUCGCGACUCAUGCUACAUUCUACAAUAUGCCUAUUUCGAGUUUGUGA